UCGUGCGUGCGUAUGGGUGUUCUGUUCGGCUUUCGAUUGUGAAUUUUGAACGGCGAUUUGUGGUUACACACUUAAUAAUAAGCAUUCUGUACAACGAAAAAAUAUAUAUUUUACAUAAGAGAACCUUUUUAUAUCAAAGUAUUUUCAAAGAGAAUUCGGUGGUACAUCAAAGUUUGCGCAUAAAAUAUGAGAUACAGUGCCCUAUAGUGAAGCGUCCAUUUCCAGCAUUGCCAGGUGAAAGUGGAGUGUAUAGACUAUUUCAUGGGUUUAGUAUUUUUUAUUCUGCAUAUUAGUAUACACAACCGUAUAGUAUUUUUACACCCUUUCGUAUAGUAACAUACAGUUUCCACAAACGAUCGCAGUAAAUGUUUGUACAUAUGUACAUAUACAUAACAUAUCAAUAGAUCAACUUAUACGGGCAGAAUUAAUAGUUAUCUCUGACUCCAAAUCUAAUCCUGCCAUUGCUAGCUAGAAUCUAUCAGGAGAGAUAAUUACAAUUUUAAGGAGAUGUGUAAAUUUGGCUUCGCGGAAAGAAUGCAACCUUAACUCGUUGCUGUCUACAAUACAAAUUUUAUUUAUAUUGUUGAUAUUAUUAAAUUUCUGACCAUAUUAUGGAAUGUUCAGAGAUUGUGGGCCCAACUAUUUCUUUGGGCGUACGAGAAUCUACAUCUGAGGAUCAGAAAACAGAACAUGUCCUUCAAGCUGAAGAUCAUAACUGUGCUACUCGACUUUCUAUUGAUUUGGAGGACAAUGUUGACCACCACGUGGCCAACAACUUUUCUGGGUUUCGCUGGAAGCGGGUUCUUAACCCAACAGGCCCACAGCCGCGACCUAGACAUGGACAUCGCGCGAUAAAUAUCAAAGAGCUUAUGGUCGUAUUCGGCGGCGGGAACGAAGGAAUUGUUGACGAGUUGCACGUAUAUAACACUGUUACAAAUCAAUGGUACGUGCCCGUGCUAAAAGGAGAUGUACCAAACGGAUGCGCUGCUUAUGGAUUUGUUGUGGAGGGUACUCGCAUGUUUGUCUUCGGUGGAAUGAUCGAGUACGGAAAAUAUUCAAAUGAGCUCUAUGAACUACAGGCCACUAAAUGGGAAUGGAGGAAAAUGUAUCCUGAGUCACCGGAUAGUGGGUUGUCACCAUGUCCUCGAUUGGGACACAGUUUUACCAUGGUUGGUGAAAAAAUAUUUUUGUUUGGAGGACUAGCAAAUGAAUCAGAUGACCCUAAAAAUAAUAUUCCAAAAUACUUAAAUGAUUUGUAUAUAUUGGAUACUCGAGGAGUUCACAGUCAUAACGGAAAAUGGAUAGUACCUAAAACCUAUGGCGACAGUCCUCCUCCUAGGGAGUCGCACACAGGCAUUUCGUUUGCCAGUAAGGGAUCUGGAAAUUUAAAUCUCUUAAUUUAUGGAGGAAUGAGUGGAUGCCGCUUGGGAGAUUUGUGGUUAUUAGAUACAGACACAAUGACAUGGUCAAAACCAAGAACUUUUGGGCAGGCGCCGUUACCACGCUCAUUACACAGUUCUACAAUGAUUGCAAACAAAAUGUAUGUGUUUGGUGGAUGGGUUCCAUUGGUAAUAAAUGAUUCAAAGUCGACAACAGAGCGUGAAUGGAAAUGCACAAACACUCUUGCAGUACUUGACUUGGAUACAAUGACUUGGGACAAUGUCACAUUAGACACUGUAGAAGAAAAUGUGCCGCGGGCUCGUGCUGGCCACUGUGCAGUUGGUAUUCAAAGUCGUCUGUAUGUUUGGUCAGGGCGGGAUGGUUAUCGCAAAGCAUGGAACAACCAGGUUAGGGUUUGUUGUAAGGACCUAUGGUAUUUGGAGGUCUCUAAGCCACUGUAUGCAGUUAAAGUUGCUCUAGUUCGUGCUUCUACUCAUGCACUUGAGCUCUCAUGGACUGCAACCACUUUUGCAGCUGCAUACGUUUUGCAGAUCCAGAAAAUCGAUCAGCCACCAACUGCAAUUUCGAAACCGUUAAACCAGAACAGUCUGCAUCAAGGCACAGCAGCCCCUGCUGAAACUUCUGCCACUGUGACGGAAAAUUGUUCUGAAAGUGCCUUGACUUUUGGAGUCGAAGCAACUUCUACAGCGUUAAAGUUGGAAAAAAAUACGACGCAAGCGAGUGGUCCGCCCGAAACCAACAUUCAACCAUCUGUUAAUGACUUGUUACAAUCAAUUUCUCCUCCUUCAUCGCCAAUAUCACGAGUCCAUAAAAAAACAAGUGCCUCAGUGGGCGGAAGUUCACUUUCCAUAUCAGCCACUUCAGCGCAUCCCCAAAAAUCUGUAAUCAGUAGUACUGCCGUAGUUGCCGGUAACAACACCACAACCAAUAGUAGCGCUGUUUCUAACAUAUUACAAAAGUUUCGACCAGCUCUUUCGAGCGUAAGAUCAUCUACUACAACAACGAUAGCUGGCGGUUUCAGUGUAGCUGACCCUCUGGCUAUGCGAGUACCAAGUACGAUGGCGAACGUCGUCCUUAGCUCCGUAGCCUCAAGUAGUGCAUUGCGUAUUGUCCCUAGCGUAACUGCUUCCCAAGCAGUACGCCUAGCUUCCGCUCAUCAGAGCAGCAACAGCGGAAGCGGCAGUGUAGUCAAUAUAUUAAAAACCGUGCCAAGUGCGGCUGCACAAUCUCAGCCUACCGCACAAGCCACCACGUCCAUUGGUACAAAGCAAUACUUCAUUCAAAAGCCGCUUACACUUGCUCCGAAUGUUCAGCUGCAAUUUGUGAAGACCAGCAGUGGUGGAAUGACUGUUCAAACGCUGCCCAAAGUUAGCUUUAACGCACCAAAGGGAAAUACCUCUCAUGGUAUUUCAAUUACAAACCCACAGUCCGCAUCUGGUACUAAUCAAAUUCAGGGAUCGACAUUGCCUGGAAAUCAACUCCAGAAACCUAUUGUAUCUGGCAACGUUCUGAAAUUGGUAUCGCCACAUACAAUGGCUAGUGGUAAACUGAUUAUGAAGAAUUCAAACAUUUUACAAAUGGGCAAGGUCACCCCGAAUGUAAUGGGAGGAAAACCAGCUUUUGUCAUAACAAAUAAACAGGGAGCGCAAUUAGGUAACCAGCAGAUCAUAAUUGUAACGACUGGUGGCAGUAUGCGAAACGUUCCAGCCAACACGAUUAUGACUAGUGCUGGCGGUCCUACAUCAGGGACAAAUAUUGUUAGUAUAGUUAGCUCAACGUCGACAACGGCCACUCCGUUGCAGGCAAUAGGAGGGCAAAGAACUGUAAUAUCCAACCAAAGUGGGGUAAAGAUGGUGCGAAAUAUAUCAACAGUGCAAGCAUCGACUUCAGUAGCUGUUGGGCAGAAACCAAGCGGCACUCCCAUUCAUCAAAAAACUGCCCUGUUUAUUGGAGGUAAAGCGGUUACUGUUAUGAGCACUAAUGCAAGUAUGGCUACUUCUGGAAGCAUAUCAAAUAAAGUAAUGGUUCUCCCAGGAACAAGCUCAACUAACACUCCUGCUUCUUCUGCUGCUCUAAGUAACAGAAAAAGUUUUGUUUUUAAUGCCGGAGGUAGUCAUCGUGCUGUCACCUUAGCAACUAAAAGCGUGAAUGCAAAGCUUACACCACCAGCACAAUCACUAAAAGAUAGCGUAUCGGAAACUUAUAUCCCAGUCACUACUAUAAAAGACACCGAUCCAAUGGAUGAUAUUAUCGAGCAGUUGGAUGGAGCCGGAGAUCUCCGAAAACUUUCUGGAAGUGAAGCUCAACACGGAUCGGGAGAGGAAGAAAAUAUUAAUGACAACGCCACGUCAUCAUCAGUCUCUGCGUCAAUAUCUACUGGGGGUGACAUGACAGGACUAUCGGGAACUCAAAAUACUAUAACUGGGGAACAAUCUGUUGAUAUUGUUGAAGAUGUUUCCGGCGUGAGCAGCACAACGGGUGUAAGGGACACGGAAAACACAGGGUGUAAAACAAUAGAAACAUCCAGCAUAUCCAAAAAGCAAAUUGAUAAGAUGGAGUCUAUGGUUAAGUCAAUACCAAUUCCCGAUGAUCGCCAACAGCCUACAACUUCGGAGACUGAAGCUGCCACCAUAUUGACCACAAUAAAAUCUGCUGAGGUAUUAGUGAUGGGAAAUACGAAAACAAACAAGGACUCUUUCGAUACAACUGAUGAAAUUUGUAGUGAAGAUGAGAAGUUUAAGCAAGGAACAGGAUCCGUGAAGCUAGCGCCCAAGAAUCCACACCAAUAUCAAAAUGUCGAUGGUUCACACUUAGAGGCUCUGGCUUCAGCUGCAGUCUUGCAAGCUGCGACGGCAGACGCCACAACAGUCGCAAACUCUGGCCUAGCAAUGAAAGAGUUGAUAGAACGAUCUGGGUUUGAAACACAUACCAAAAUUAACAACGUUACUGAGAAUCAAUCCAAUAUUCAAUCCAACUCAGUGGUUGUCGCUGUACCAAACACGCCGCAAAAUGAGAACCAAAAAUGGCAUACAGUGGGCGUUUUUAAGGAUCUCUCACAUACGGUCACUAGCUAUAUUGAUUCGAAUUGCAUAAGUGAUUCCCUUCUUGACGGUAUCGAUGUGGAUAAUCUUCCAGAUUUCUCCAAAUUUCCACGCACGAAUUUGGAUCCUGGAACGGCUUAUCGCUUUCGUCUCAGUGCCAUCAACACAUGUGGUAGAGGAGAGUGGGGAGAGAUAUCAAGUUUUAAAACUUGUUUACCAGGCUUUCCGGGUGCCCCGUCGGCCAUUAAGAUUUCGAAGGAUGUUAAGGAGGGCGCCCACUUAACAUGGGAACCACCGCCAGCUCAAAAAACUAAGGAGAUAAUUGAAUAUUCAGUAUACCUCGCAGUAAAACCUACUGCCAAGGAUAAGGCAUUGUCCACUCCUCAGUUGGCUUUUGUUCGGGUGUAUGUCGGUGGCGCAAAUCAAUGCACGGUGCCUAACGCUUCACUGUCCAACGCACAUGUAGAUUGCUCAAACAAACCAGCAAUUAUUUUUCGGAUUGCUGCUCGAAAUCAAAAGGGCUAUGGACCAGCUACUCAAGUUAGAUGGCUGCAGGAUCCCGCAACCGCGAAACUGCAAGCACCCUCAAGUACACCAAAUCUAAAACGAGUACAGGAGAAAACAACUGUUGGAGCCAGCAGCGCAGCCAAUUCCUUUUGUUCGCCAAACAAGCGUGGACGCAACGGAUUGCAUGAAUAACCGACCGAUUAAGUAUAGAUUUAGAUUUAUAUAGAAGUAUAGCAAUAAUGGGAUAAUGUAAGCUCGAUAAUAAUAUUUAAAUAAUUACAGCUUCCCAGUAAUGAAAAAUAGAUAGUUGGGCUCUAUGCUGUAUUCAAAGAGAUUUACAACGAUACUUGAUUAUUGAUUGCAAUUAAUUAAGUGUUCUAAGAGUUGACAAGAAAUUAUGCAUGUACAUUAGGGCUGUUUGGCUAUAACUAUAACAUUGAAAUAUAAUUAUUUAUUGACAAUUUUACAUGAAACUUAAAAGAUAAAAAAGCGACUUAAAUACGUUUAAUGAAGAAUUUGUCCUCCGGAAAACAAUAAAUAUAUUAUGAAACAUCA